UUUUUUUUCACUCCCUCUUUUUUUCUUCUUCUUCUUCUUCUUCUUUUUCAUAACAACUUCUUUUAUUUUAUGAUUCCUUUUAUUAUUAUAUUCUAAAGAAGUGCUUGUCAAGUUACAUGCGUUAUGUUGAAAGAACAUCUUUUACCUUGCGAUGCUCAUUUUUAUUCACACUACGCCAAACCUUUGGUGUCAAAUUAUUCAUCGCUAUUUGAUCUAGAUGGUCUCAACUUACAUUAUGAAAGUGAUUCGACAAUGAACUUUUCUCAAGCAUUCUCUCAAUUUAAAAAUGAUACUUGUGCUCAAUAUGAAAUGCAUCCAAAAUUUGGUAGAUAUGUUUGGGAUAUCGGAGAUCAAUGGUAUCAAAAGUGGAACGUGGUCUUCUCAAUGGAAAAUAUGUGGCAAUGGUCUGGUCAAAGUCCUCCUUUACAAGAACCUUAUUCUAUUGAUAUCUUAUUACCUUGGUUAAAUCAUAUUACGGAACGACAUCAUAUUCAUCCUCAUCAUCGUCAAUUAUUGGAAAUUAUUUGUGGUUAUCUAUUGACUUGGCAAAAAUCAAAUAAACCUCUUUCCAAUGCCGGCACAAUUCGGUUGAAUACUAUACCAUUUUAUCCUCCCUCUUGGUUUACUGACAAGGAACUUCAAAGUCAUGUUGAAGAAGGUGAUCAUUUAGCUUCUUCUUAUGUUGCUCGUUUUGAUCCUCCUUAUCGUAUUAAUGGUCAUAUACCUGAACGUUGGGAUUUAGUAUUUUUAAAAGGUUUGACUUUUGAUCCUACUAAUGAAAAAUUCGAUAUUGAACCAAGUUUGAUUGCUUCUAUUAUUCCUCUUUAUGGUCUCACUGUACAUUUUGAUGAAACUACUGGAUAUAGCUACUUGAUGAUGGUCAUGCGUAAAGCUUCCUUUGGCAAUUUAGAAACAAAUCUACAAAAUGUUAUUCCAAAUGAUUAUCAAAAAUCUCGACGACAAGCUCUCAGUAUCACAAAAGCAGUAAAGGAUUUACAUUGGGAAUAUAUUCAUGGUAAUGUUCAUCCUCGAAAUAUUUUAUUCAACUUUGAUGAUACAUUGGGUGAAUUAGUUGAUGCUACUUUUAUGCAACGAAAACAAACAACAAGUGCACGUACAAUACCUCCACCACCACCUACUACACCAACACCACCUAUUUCACCAAAUGAUACAUCCAUUCCUCAUAUUGAUCAAGAACAUCAUCAACCUUACUUACAACAAAUUGAAAAUCAACCACAUAAAUUCAAACAUCCUCAUUAUCGUUUUAAGAAAGAAGGAGGUAUGAGUGGAAGAUGGCCAUAUGUAGCUCCUGAAGUAGCUCAAGGAUUAUCUGGACUUACAACAGAAGCUGAUAUCUAUUCAUUGGGUGUCAUUCUUUGGCAACUUAUUUCCCGUGUCACCUUUCCAGCCAAUGCUCCUGUAGAUCCUUGGGUAUUUCGUAUUGAACCUAUACCUGGUGUGUUACCUGAAUGGGAACAAUUAUAUGCUGAUUGUCUUUCUUCUGAUCCUACCAAGCGACCAAGUGCUUAUAUGGUAUAUCGACGACUGGAAAAAAUGAAUAUCAUGAUCCCUUCUACCUCUUCUUCAACAACAAUAACAAAGCCUCUACCCAUAGAACAAGUCACUUUGGAUUACAUACAUCAAAGACGAAAAGAAAUAGAUGAAUUUAUGGAAGAACAUCAAAAUCAAUUCUCUUCUCCACAUCAACGAUUGACUCUACGCGAAGAUGUGAUCUUAUCUGCCUCCGUGACUCGUGCUAUCAAUCAUGGUUUGGAAAAUUAUCCAAGUCCUGUCCAAGGUUUUUCUUCAACUUCUGAUCCUCAUUAAAUUUCCAUUGUGAUCCUUAUUAUUAUUCUUUUUUUUUUUUU